UUACAUAGGGGCUGAUUCUCUCCUACAUUCUGGCCCAGAAGUUCUAGUUAAGUGUUGUCUGAGUCCUGCCACCUGGUUCUUUGACAUGACCACAAACCAAAAGUGAAUUGAUCAAGUUUCUGCUGGCUUUGGAGUCUUCCUCCACAGAGAAGGCCUGGGCAGUCUGUUUUCAGGUACCCUUUGUGGUGGUGGCAGGAGGAACAGGAAGGGUGUGGGUGCCUCAUGGUGUCUAUAUUCUGCCUCAUCCCACCCAGGAGAGACCACUGUGGGCAGAGAAGCUCAGGGAGGAUCAGGUGUCCUAGAAGCACCUGAGGCAUCCAAGCUACAUCAGGCAGAAGCAGAGCUAUGGCUGCGGUACUGUGGACAUUGUCUGGGCAAUGCUACUCAUUUUGUCGUGUGACCAUUCUCCUACUAGCUCUCAUCUUGGCCUGCUAUGACUAUUCUUGCAUGAGCUUAACAAGGCAGGAGAUAAAAAGAGUAUUAGCUGAGGUAAACAUGGCAAUUAGAGAACACUAUGGCCAACAAAAUGUAGAACUAUCAAGAGUGGUGCAUCCCCAGCCAGACUUGCUAAUACCCCCUAGAAGAGAUGUCCUUGUGGUGACACCUUGGCUGGCUCCCAUUGUGUGGGAAGGGACUUUCAAUAUUGACAUACUAAAUCAGCAGUUCCGACAGCAGAAUGCCACCAUUGGAUUAACCGUGUUUGCCGUAAAAAAAUACAUAAUCUUUCUGAAGCUGUUUCUGGAAACCGCAGAGACAUACUUCAUGGUGGGACACAGAGUGAACUACUACAUCUUCACCGACCAACCUAAGCAUGUUCCACAGAUCCUGCUCCAAAAAGGAAGGCAGAUGGCCAUUCUCAGGGUCCAGAGCUAUGCCCGCUGGCAGGACAUCUCCAUGCACCGCAUGGAGGUGAUCAGCAUCUUUUCCCAGAGACGCUUCCUCAGGGAGGUAGAUUACCUUGUGUGUGCAGAUGUGGACAUGAAGUUCAACGACCACGUGGGCGUGGAGAUCCUCUCCUCCUUGUUUGGAACCAUCCAUCCUGCUUACUUGGGGUUCCCACGGGGUUCCUUCCCCUAUGAACGCCGGCCUCAGUCCCAAGCCUAUAUUCCAAAGGAUGAGGGGGAUUUUUAUUACAUAGGGGCUCUAUUUGGAGGGUCGGUGCCAGAGGUGUAUAGGCUCACCAAGGCCUGCCAUAAGGCAAUGAUGAUUGACAAAGCUGGUCUCAUUGAGGCCAAAUGGCAUGAGGAGAGCCACUUGAACAAGUACCUACUUCACCACAAACCCACCAAGGUCCUUUCCUCUGAGUACAUGUGUGAUCAGUUCCUGCUGUACGUUAUGUGGGCCAAGCAGCUGGUGGGCUCGCCCUUCAUCAUAAAGAAGAUGAGAGUUAUGGUCUUGCCAAAGAAUAACUCAGAACUGCGGGCUGAUGAAGGACACUUCCAGAAAGGGUUCAGUGAGGAGUAAUGGUCAGACAGCGUUAGUCAUCCUCCUGGCAUGCUAUCCUAACUUAACAAGUGUUUUAUAAGA